AUGCAAGAACUCCAGAACACUCGAAUGAAGCCCAUUCAAAGUCUGUCUCUCCUCGAAGUAUUUUACUACCACACCAAAAACGCAGCGACUCUCUCUCAUAAUCAAUCAAACAAGAUUUCACAACUGCCCUGCAUUGAACCACGUGACCAAGCCCUCUGCACUCAGAAAUGCAGAAUAAACUACCACACAAAGCUACAACCUCUGUUUCCUAAAAGCUUUCUCGUACCUCAAGAAUUCAAGCGUGUCUCACCUUUUUCCAUGCACUUAAUCUUGGCCUUGAUUCUUUCCCAAUCAGUUCCUCUUCAUCAUCGUCCCCACGAUUUGACAUUACUGACCUGUGCUAACCCGUCACAAUCUUAUCGAGCAAUCGUAUUUUCCCCAAUUUCUUGUAACAGCUCGUCUUCAAAGCUCCUAAUGCUCUUUCCUCUGAAACAUCUUCGUAUCUUGGCUAUAUCUGCCUAUAAAGCCCAUUCAAUAUAUCUAUCUACUUCAAUAUAG